AGGGCACAACAGAAACCUAUUUAAGGUGAGUUGUGUAAUAUUCUAAAUUGGAGUUAUCUUCUCCAUAACAGCAAGGCAGUUGAGUCAAAACUAAAACUAAAAAUACUCGAAAAUUAAAAGACAGAAAAAAAAGGAAGAAAACCUAUGUUACACCGUCAAUGACGAUCUACAGAUCCUUGAGAAGCUUAAUCACUAGAAAUCCUGCAAAGAGCAAGGCUUUCCACACUUGUACGACAGCCGCCACCGCCACUGCCGCCGCUGUAAUUCCAUACCAAUCUUCUCCUGUCUUCCAUAGUCGGUUGUCGUCAUAUCCUUUUCUCUCAAAAUGGGUUGCUCCGUUUCAAGGUCCUCUCUUCCUAUCUUCUCCUCCGUGGAAGCUCUCGCAGUCCGCCACUCCUCUGUGGGGCAAUGGUAUCGUUUUCAGGAGGGUACAGGCUCUGAACCUUGAUUUGAUCAUGGGACGGACAGGAUUCCCGGCCAAGAUAGAAUUCGGGUUGGUGGUUUCGAACCAUGGAGUUUUGGGUGGAGUAUUGGCCAAGGAAGAGGGCGUUCGUGCGAGAGAGGGGUUUGUGGAGAGCUUCGUUAAUUUGCCGAAUUUGAUUUCAAUUAGUCGAUUGGUUUCUGGCCCUUUUCUGGGAUGGAUGAUCACAAAUGAGAUGUAUUCUUCUGCAUUUGUGGGGUUGGUUCUCUCUGGGGCAACAGACUGGAGUAGCUAGAUGGAUAUACAGCUAGAAAGAUGAAAAUCAAUUAUGUGGUCGGUUCCUAUCUUGAUCCUCUUGCUGACAAGGUUCUUAUUGGAUGUGUUGCUUUGGCAAUGGUUCAUAACAAUCUUUUGCAUUGUAAGUAUCCUGGCUUUCUGCAGGUUUUCUGCUACUGGUUACUAGUAAAUCGAUAAGCAAACAACUUCACUCACUCGUACUCUAUUGCUCAGCAGGCAAUUCUGGUCUUCUAAUACCAUUUACUGUUGAUUAAUUAUUAUAGAGGUUUUCCUUGUACCUGUCAGAAUAGUGUGUUUUGCCAUUGUAUUGUGUACAGAAUCUCUAGUGCUGUCUAGCUUUGAAUUUUUGCCUCUGACUCUCAGGGUUCUAAAUCUUUUAAAUGUUCUUCAACUGUGCUGCUAGAGUUAUGUGUACAUAUAUCUCCCAUCUGUAUUUUGUCUGGGGGUUGGGCUUCAUAUUGGGGGUUAUGACAGGUAUAACCGUAUAAACUACACAUGCGUAAGACACCAUUCUAAUUCAGUUUUCUCUGUUGUAAAGCUGGACUUGUUGGAAUCAUUGUAUUACGAGAUAUUGCUCUUAUUGGGGGUGCAGCAUACCUGAGAGCCAGUAGCUUGGGUUGGCAGUGGAGAAGUUGGUUUGAUUUCAUUAAUCUUGAUGGAACUCAUCCGCAGAAGGUUGAGCCUCUCUUUAUUAGCAAGGUUAACACUGUUUUUCAGUUGGCUUUGGUCGCGGCAGCUCUCCUUCAGCCAGAAUUUGGAACACCAGAAACCCAAUCAUACAUAACAUACUUAAGUUGGUUAGUAGCUACAACAACAGUUGCUUCUACAUUUGCAUAUGGAGCCCAAAACAUGAGGAGACUUGCCUCUAUCACAAGAAAAUCCUAGCUUAAGCUUCUGAGUACAGUACUUUUUAACAACUAAUGGAUGCCCUCAAGUUUCAGGGAAAUUUCAGAUUCCCUUGCAGGGAGCAGUCAUAGCUUUUGCAGUGGGAAAAUAUAUUUAAGAUUGAUUUGCACGCAGUAGAGAAUGGCAUUGAGCUUUCCCAAGUUCAUCUUACUGGACUGCCAAAGGUAAAUGAUCUAGAGGCAUUGUCAUUUGUAUCCGGAUUGAAUGUACAUAUUCACGUGGCUGUGAAAUGGCAACGGAAGGAAAAUGAUCACCAUAGAAGGCAGACAAUUUUGUAAACAGGC